AUUACCAAUGAUUUUUUUUGUGUUCGGCUUUUCCUUAAUUUUUUUUUUUAAUUGUAAUCAACAUGGACAAGUGGAAGGGCUCAUUUGCACAAACCCAAUUAGAAAAGUUUGGCUGGGAAAACGGUGAAGGUCUUGGAAAAAACAAGGAGGGUAAUGUCAAACAUAUCAAUGUGUCCAUCAAGAAUGACAAGAAAGGUGUGGGAGUCAAUGGUGGUAAUUGGGAAUUUGCGUGGUGGGAUCACUUAUACAACAAGAGUGCUUCUGCCGUAGUUGUGGCUAAAGAAGAAGGUGAAAUUAAAUUGGCCACUAACGCCAAACCAGAAACCCGUCGAUCCACCACCGGCAUUAUCUCUACUCAAAGGCCUUCCGGUAAAGUCGUCAAGCAAGAGAUUGUCAAGGAAACAACUGUCAGUAUGGGAUCCAUGGCUGAUGCACGCAAUAUGAUGGACAGUGUCAAAGAUAUCCAUGUCGAUAUGGCUCAAAGAGUCGCCACAGCCUCUCUUUAUGGCUCAUUUGUUAAAAGUGCCACCACAGAUUCAACAAUCGAGGAAGAGGAUGACGAGCUGAAGGAUUAUUCAGUAAAGAUCACUGAUGCCGAGUUAUUUGCGGCUUGUGAAGGUCGUACCGCUCGUAAGGGCGGGCGUGGUUUAGUAGAUCAAACCGGCAAAUUUAAAAGAGUCAUGCAAGACUAUGUGAGACCUGUAGAUGAAGACGAUGUAGAUACCAAAAAGAGAAAACAUACUGGCAGUGAUGAGAAAUCCAGCAAAAAGCAAAAGAAGGAAGACAAAAAGAUCAAAAAGGCCGAAAAGGCUGCUAGAAGAUUAGAAAAGGCUGCCAAAAAAGCUGCUAAGGCUGAAAAGAAGGCUGCCAAAGCUGAAAAGAAAGCUAAGAAGGAAGCAAAGAAGCUUGCUAAGGCUGCAAACAAAAAAGAUUAGAUGUGUAUAAAGAUAAAAUAAAUAUUAUUUAUU